CUACGCAGCUACUGCGACAGCCUCUUGCAUCUGUCUCUUUCUCGCCGCCACUGCUUUCUUCUGCAGCGCCCUCGGUAGUCUCCCCCUGUACACGUAUCUGCGAGGGAUGGAGUUCUUGCUUGGGUCCUCGGAAUCUGGGUCGUACCUGUAUUUAGCCGCCAACAGACAUCCAGCACCAGUGCAUGUGCACGUGGAAUCUGUGGGUGUCUUACUCUCCGACGACUUUGUCCAUGGUCCUGGGCUGCAGGAGGAGACACUUGCCUCCAUUCGCGAUGAUUGCGCGGGCGGCACUCUUCGAGUACGAAUGGGCCUAAUCACAUAGCAAUCAGAACCGUCAUCAGAAUCCCAUCAUGUGCGUCGAAAGCAUGACUGACGUAUCGUCGUACCUUGACGGUGAGGUCCUUGGUGGUCAACUGUGUCGAUCCUCUGUUCCGAUAGAUGGAAAUGGACGGCCCGACCACCUUGACAGGAUGCAGCCGGCGAUGCUUGCCUAGCUUGGCGCCAUAGUACUCAAGCGCUGCCCAGUCAACCUACACCGGACAGGUAAAACCGCCAGUGAGAAAUGUGACUCAUCCGUGCGUGCGUUUGUCCUACGUCUGCUCCGUCUGGUGCGACAUUGAGCUCAUUCAAGGGAAUUAGCUCGUACUCGAAACGGUUAUACCUGCCCAGAGUAGAACGCCACACUCAAGUACAUACGAAUCUCUUUCCGUCCAUGCACCCACCCACUCACCUAUGGCCUGUGCCCAGCGGUCUGCCAACGAAUUUCGGCAGUCUUCUGUAGAGAGGUAUCUGGCCUCCCUCGAAGCCGGGCCGGAUGCUCCCGCCACUCCUUGCCUUCUGUCCUCGCAUGCCCUUCCCAGAGCUCCCACCCAAACCUGUAUACACAUGAACAGACAGACAGGAGACAUACAGGCAAACACAGACACACGCAUGGUGUGAUACGCUCGCUGUUCCCUGUAUAUGUGCAUUUACCUGAUCCGUAUCCUCUGCCCAGUCGUUUCUUUUUCCUCAAGCCAGUGUCCUUCGGCAGGUUGUCGAGACGCAAGGGUGGCUCUUCGCCUGCGAGCUCCAUUUUGCCGAGAUAAUCCAUCUCAUCGAGCUGCGCAGUCACGACAACAGGUAAGUUGGCUGAUGCACCUGCGUAUUCACUCAUCUCUUUGCCGCCUAGAUCCGCGCUGACCUGCUUUACUGAGCCUGAUUCCUCCAUCCACUUGUUCUCAAGCUGCCGUGCCUCCUCGCCUGUUGCCAAUGUUAUGGCGUUGGGCCAGUCAGAAGCGGUGAAGUCCCAGAAGAUAUGGCGCUGCUCCCAUUCACAGCCAGCGGCCUUGAGUUUGGCCGUGUACUCGUUGUCGAGGGCAUCCCGUGCCGCCAUCGCCUUCUCCUGUAGUGGUCCGAGGGCCUCCACCUUGUCGUCCCUGGUGCGAGAUGUGUCGUUCAAGAUCGACUCCAUUUGGUCCACAUAGGGCUCCACUUCCUCCGAAUACCUGCACUCCCCCAAGCAGAGUCAAUCGACUCCGGUGAGGUCGGUUCGCUUCUGGGCCUGUGUGUCUAUCUCCAGCCUGAUGUCGUGCAUACCUUUGUUCCCAUUCCUCAAAGAGUUCCUCCACCUCCUUUGAUGGUUUGGGCGCGUCGGCAUCUGGGUCUUCCCCCGCCAGAAUUUUCUCUAGCCGAAGGUUUGUCACGGCAGCAUAGUCCCUCGCAGCUUUGUUCUUGUCACCGGCAGACCGCCGCCUCUCCAGCUUCUUCAAAUAGCGCUUCGACUGAAACCACACCUUUCUAUCUAGGACACGCACACGGCCAUACUUGUCUUUCGGCAGCGGCGUAUCAGCAGUUCCGGGCGCAGCUGGGGAAUCAGGAUCUGAAUGCACGUGGAGGAAGAAAAAGGUGACAUCUACGGCUGUGCCAAGCGAUCUCCUACCAUCAGCAUGAAGAAUGGUCAGUCCGCCAGACAAAGGAAGGACAUGUUCUGGGGGUGGGAAGCCAUGCCUUGCAGAGCGGAAAGGGGUCAGAGAUCUGGAUUGGAUGGCACCCAAGAAGCCUUCAAGGGCAUCAGCAAGCGAGAGGAACCCCACUUCAUCACCCUGGGCCAGCAAACGCCACAAAUCCAAAACAUGAGCAGAAGGACUGACUCCUUGCUUCCUUCUGCUUUGCUGGUGCACAGCACCUUCCUGUCGAGCUCAUGUGUCCCUCCUGCGUACCGUCGUGUCACUUGCGUCAGGCUCAUGCAAGAUCUCGGCAACGCUGAGCACCCCAAAGCCGCACAACCAAGCCACACAAGGAUACCACAUGGAACACAU